AUGGCACAGAUAGAGGACACCCUGCAGGCGCUCGAUCAGGAGCAACAAGAUGAAGGAGAUGGCGACGAGAACUCUGCGGGGGACGAAAGCGAGGAGGGAGGCAACAACAACGGCCGAGGCGGAAAGGAGAAGAGGGUCAAGAGAACGAAAGCGACAAAGAAAGCGACCAAGAAAGAGCGAAAAGAGAAGGCCAAGAGCGAAAAGGCCAACGUGGAUAAGAGAGAAGGCGGCCGCAGCCCGCGAGGCAAGGACACCGGCAAGAAAGGCGACGGCGCCGCUGCAGUCGCCAACAAUGGUCCCACCUCGCCGCGCAAGGACACCCAGUCCAAGAAGAGCAUGCUCCGCUUCCUCCGCUCCGGCCUGAGGGGAUCGUCGGUGGGCCACUACAAGAAGAAGCAAGCCUGGUCGCACCUGUGGGAGGGCGCGGACCUGGAGGACCCGGCCAAGCUGAAGAAGGUGGUGCUCCUCCAGUCGGCGUGGCGGCGCCAGCUGGCCCGGCGCCUGCGCAAGAAGCUGCUGAUCGCCAACGAGCUGCUCAAGACCGAGGAGAACUACGUGCGCGCGCUGUCGAUCGUGUGCAACUCGUUCUACUACCCGCUGCUCAUGCUCGAGGAGCGCAAGUCGCCGCUGCUGGACAAGAAGGACGUCGAGGCGAUCUUCUCGGUGGCUGGUAAGCUCUACGAGGGCCAGCAGCUGUUCCUGGGCGCCCUGCGCGCGCGCAUCAUGGACCUGCGCGGGUUCGACCGGCACAGCGUGGGCGACAUCUUCCUCGAGCAGACGGCCUUCUUCGAUCUCUACACCACCUACAUCAACAACUACGACACCUCCAUCGGCACGCUCAAGCGAUGCAAGAAGGACAACCCAAACUUUACCAAGUUCAUUUCAAAGUGUGAGGCGAAUGAAGAAUGCGAGUAUCAGGAUCUGCCCUCCUUCCUCAUUCAGCGGAUCCCCAGGUAUGUGCUCUUGUUGGCCGACCUCAUGCGAAAGACGGCCAAAGGCGACAAAACCUAUCGGCAGCUGAGCAAAGCGGUGCAGAAGAUGAGGGACAUGACUUCCUACUUCAACGAGCAGAAGCGAGACGCCGAGAACGCGGACUACGUUGACCGCCUCUACGCCCGCUUCCUGUUCCCGUCGACGUCGUCGUCGGCCGGGUCGGCCAAGAAGGGCUCGCCCUUCCGCCCGGUGAAGGAGGGCGAGAAGAACCCGCUCCUCGCCGACUCCAAGAAGCGGCGCCGGUUCAUCCGCGAGGGCGACGCCGUGCUGAUCAAGCGGGAGAAGAACAUGGGCGGCAACGUCAUCAUGAAGAAGCCCUCCACCAACAAACGCGGCCGAGAGCGUCGUGUGGUGCUGUUCAAUGACCUCCUCGUGCUGUGCUCGCCGAUUCAACCCAACUUGCCGCCCUCGCCAUCGUCUCCCUCGACCUCGACCUCGUCGUCCGGCGUGCCGGUCACCACCGAGUCCCGGACGCGAUCCUUCCGGCACUCCAUCAACCUGUCCGAGUGGAGCAACUUCCUGCCGCGGCGCGAGAGCCGCGAGGCCGCCGACUCGACGCCGCCGUUCCUGUCUCCGCGCGCACGCGGCAGCGUUCUGAGCAUGCGCAACAGCGCCGGGAGUCGCGGCCAAUCCGGUGAACACCAGGCCGGCGAGGCGGCCGGGGGCGGCGCUGGUGCUGACGGGCCGGGGUCGGGCCGGCGCCACCGUAAGACCAUCACUGAAGGCGGGCCGGCGCCGAUGUUGUCGCCGGGCGGUGGCGCGUCGCCUCUCAACGGUCCGACGCUCAAGGUGAAGGAAGUCGAGGAGCUGUGGAAGAUCCAAGCCGUGGUCGGACUUCCAGAAUCUUAUGGUGAGAACGUGUUUCAGAUCAAGAGCUUCAAGUACACGUACCUCAUGGCGGCCCGCACGCCCAAGGAGAAGGAUGAGUGGAUGCAGGUCAUCCACUCCACCAGGGAACGACUCUACCGAGGCUCGUAA